GAGAUUGCGGGAAAUUUUGUCAAAUUGGCAGUUCGACGUAGUUGAGGAAAAUCAAAGCGAUUCUAGCAUCAAAGAAUUAGGCGAUGAAGAGUCCAGUUGAACGGAUACUAUCUGGCUGAACUAAAAAUUAUUUCUCCGGUUUCUCAUUUCCUUCUAUGAGCUAGUCGCUUGAGAGCCUGUCCAUUUUUCACUAUGAAGCCUACUUUGCACGCACUAGUUUACAUUCUUGUUUACUCGAGGGCUCUUCCUAUACUCCAGUGAAAUCAUAUAUCUAGGUUGAUCUUUUCCUGUAUUUUCUUUUUCUCAUCAUCCAACAUUCAAAAUCAUUCUUUCCACACUUUUCUUUCUUCACAUCGCAUCCAUCGUUUAAAAAUGCAUUCUUCAGCACUUCUUCUUGCAGGCUUUGCAGCUCUUGCUGCAGCCAAACCAGCUGCUCAAAACAUCGAUUUUGCCGCCAUCAAUGCUAUUGCUCUUCCAACCGUCACUGGCCCAGCCCCAACUGCCACUAAAGAAUCUGUGGUUAUCGACAACGCUGCUGCUUCCGCUUCAGGAUCUGCUAAGGCUACUGGUCUUGCUACUGCUUCAGCAACUUCUUCGCAAAACGUCAAACGUACUUUUGGGAGUUGGGGUGGUAGUGGAUGGGGAAGUGGUGGAUGGGGAGGAAAUGGCGGAUGGGGUGACGACGGAGGAGCUUCCAGCACAACCGCGAAGAGCACUCCCACCUCAACCACAACCCAAAACAGCGUUCCUACUUCUUCUACCGCUGCUGUACCAUACACCACCCCAGAUGUCAGCAAAGCAUGUGCAAUUCAACCAGAUGGUUACGGACCAAAGGUUCAACCAGAUGAUGUUGCUACUUUCCUCGCUUACCCUCAAUUCCACACUGAUGCCAAGAAUGCCGCCACUCCCUCCGGCUAUACUCAAACCUUCGUUGAUCUCAACGCUGCAGUAACUGCUGUUACCUACCUCGGACUCACCACCUUCACCACCUACGAUGUUGCUCAGUGUGGUUCCCUCUGCGACAGUACCUCCCUCUGCACAGGUUUCAACAUUUACGUUGAGCGUGAUCCUUACAUGAAUCCAUCUGACACAUGCCCUAACCCAGCCUCUAUUACCAACUACAAGUGUACUCUCUGGGGCUCUGGCGUCACUGCUGAAUCUGCCACCAACACCGGCCAAAUGCGCACUGAUUUCCAAGUCGUCAUCACCGGCUCCAACGGAUACUCCAAGACCGUCACUCCCGCACCACAACCAGGCUGGAAGCCACCUCAACAAUGCGGUGGUGGAAACAAGGGUCACUCUCACCCAAACACCUGCUUGGGACAAGCCUUCUUCCCCGGUCCAUACAACCCCGCUGUCUGCGCCGGUUACGCUACUGCCCAGAACGCCAAGAAUCUUUCCCUCGUCUCCUGGUGGAUGCAAAUGGUCUACAAGUUCUUGAACUACUCUCCAUUCCAAUGCAAGUUCUUCAACUCUUACAUGUUGAAGAAGAACGGAAAGCCAAUGGGUACCUACUGCUCCUUGUUCGCUCAAUCCUACUCUAGCAGCCAAGCUACCUAUAACCCUGGUCAACAGGGCUCUGACAACUGGUCUUGCGAGAGCUCUUACACUUACACUCUCAACUAAGAGAUUGAUAAGUUGAGAAGGCAGAGAAAGAUGAGGCUCACUUGAGAUGGAGAGAGCGAGUAAAAUAGGAGGGUAGGAUGAGAUGGGACGGGAUACGAUGGGAUGGAACGAACACAAAGCAAAGAGGGCUUUUUUUAAUGCGCUAAUGUCUCACUUGGGACGAAUUUUCUUGUCACUCCUUUAUGUAUAAUUUUCGGCCGAUGAGGAAGCAUGGGUCUUGGACCACAUUUUGUUAAAUGCAAUGUUUAAUGGAUUUUCUGAAUAAUUUUCUGUCUUCUCUUGUCUUGUGAUUGAUCGAUCGAUUUGUGAUGUGAUGUGAUUUGAUUUGAUGUGAAAAGAUAUAUAAGUAAGUACAGGCAAAUAAAAAAUCAUUCCAAAUAAGAUUGUAUAUUGAAACA